GAGCUUGAACGCAUUUAUGAAUUCUAAGUGCCGCAAAGCUUCUCGGGUUCUUGAUAAAACCUUCCGCGCGCGUCGCCACGCUCGUUGGACUGGCAGGCCAUUGCAUCAAUAACAAAUGACAACAGAGCUUGAUCUGACGAAUGCGCAUUUGCCGGACCUCAGCGGCACGGAAAUUCCGCCGUCGCUAACGGCUGUCGACCUUACAGCUAACCGCCUGCGCACCAUCGACCCGCGCAUUCUUGGACUGCAAGGCCUGCGGAGCAUAAACUUCCGCCAGAACCUCAUCGCAAAUGCGUCCGCCCUCAGCACCAGCUGUGCAAAAGGCGCCAUGGAGGACCUGGAGCUGCGGGACAACCACCUUUCGGUGAUUCCAUCGCUCAAGGGUUUCACGGAGCUGCGACGACUUGAGUGCUCCUACAACCAGAUCCGGAACCUGCUGCCUCUUGCGGACCUGGAUUCCACCAAGCUAGAGGAGCUGUAUGUGGCUAGCAACAAGGUGACGGCCAUGGCCGCGCUAUCUCACCUGGGCGCCCUAACUCUGUUGGAGCUGGGCAGCAACCGCAUCCGGGCCAUAGAGAACAUCGAGACGCUCACGGGGCUGCGCGAGCUGUGGCUGGGCCGCAACCGCAUCGCAAAGGUCGACGGCCUGGCCACACUCACCAAUCUGCGCCGCAUCUCGCUACAGAGCAACCGCCUGACCUCCAUGUCGGGCCUGGAGCACUGCACCUCGCUGGAGGAGCUGUACCUGUCGCACAACGGCAUCUCCACUCUGGAGGGCCUGGCGCCGCUGGGCCGGCUCAAGAUCCUGGACGUGUCCUCCAACCGCAUCACCCAGCUGCACGUGGCAGACCUGGUUGCGCUCACGCAGCUUGAGGACCUGUGGCUCAACGACAACCAGCUGCCGGCCAUUGACGCGGCCCUGGACAAGGCGCUGGACCCAGUGCGGCACAGCCUCACCUGCAUCUACCUAGAAGGCAACCCGGCGGCGCAAGACCCGCAGUACAAGCGCAAGCUGACGAACAUGCUGCCCAAGCUCAAACAACUCGACUCCAACUUCCUCUAGCAGCAUUCUGAGCAGGACAAGAUGACUAGCCGUGCCGUAUGUGGGUUCGUAGGGGAGCGGGGGAGGGGCGUAAGCAUUGUGUGUGUGGGUAUCUGGUGCAUGGUGCAUUGGGGGGUGAAGGUUUCCUUGGGUAUGCCGGUGUCGCUACCAGGGGACUGGGUGAGCAUGGCGUUUGGUGCAAGCGGAGCGCUAUGGAGAGGAGGGCGUUGCCUUGCGUUGUGUGUCGACUGGCGACGGUAGAGGCUCGCAGUGGAGUGGCUGCGGGGCUAAGCUGUGACCGCCACUGCCACCGUGACUGCACCAUGCGCCGGCAAAAUGUGCAACUUCGGCAUGUGCAAUGGAAUGCGUGUUCACGCAUCGCCAGCUAACAAGCACCAAGGUGGCUGCACUGUUGUUGGCGCCGUGGUUGCAUCAGUCAUGCAGCCUUUUGGGAUCGCGAUACUCGGGACUCCCCAGCACGGGGCCCCCGUGCCUUCUAAACCCCCGUGCGGUUUUGCUCGGCUUUGCGUUGGUAUAGUCCACGAGCUUUGGUGUGUUACCAGAGCGGUUCAUUAUUGCGGGCAUUUCAGGUUGGACCCCGCUGCACAGGGACCCUGCUUCGCUUGUGCGUCUGCAUGUCAGUCUCGUGCUGGCUGGUACAGUUUAAUGAUAGCUAUAUAUUUUUGUUGUCCCGUCUGCACGAUUUACGAUGGAAGUCUGAGAUGUGCCCUUUCGCACUUUCUCGCUUCGCUAAGCCGUGAAGGGGCGCUCACGCCCCUGGCGUUUACCGUUGUAGCCACGCUCACAAACGCUGUUCCUGUAUUUGGUGGCUGCAUUAUCCUUUGCAAAUAUUAACGACAUG